GCUAUUCUCCCAAACGUCCUGCUUGCUUGUUGCAGCUGUACAAAAAGCACGAGAAAAGGGCUAGCAAGGACCGGAGUAAAGACUGGCGAGCGCGCAAGGCAGCUCGGACGCCUCGCCAUGACAAGAUGUGGAGGACUGCUCCUGCACCACAAACGCACUUGAGGCGUCGAUGGCUUGAUAGGUACUGCACUUCGCCUGAGGCGGUGGAUGCUUUGCUGGGUGCUGUGGAUAUCACGGGAUGCGUUUUGGACAUGUGCGGUGGGCCCACGGACGCCGUCGCGACCCGUCUUCGAUCCGCGUGCGAGAUACUCACGAACGACGUUAGCUCACCGCCGCACCCGUACGAAGCCGCCGCAACCCGGUGAAGCUGGUAUGUAGCGGGCCAGAUCUGCUUUGUAUUGACCAAUCAGAUAGCUUCAUUGUGCUUUGCAUCGUAAAAAUGCAAGGUCAUCCAAACCUUUUUGCUUUGCAUUGGCCAAUCAGUGCCCUGCAUUUGCUUUGCAUUUGCUCUGCAUCGCGCGCGCACGCCGAGGUAGCGCCGCACCUAGAGUAGUGCUGCUGUCAUGCCCUAUCCUGCUGGAGCGAUGCUCUUCUCCGCGACUCUAGUCGGCAGACAUGCUUGUUGAGCCAAGCACAGGGAGGACAAGGCGAAGGGCUGGAGCGUAGUCGACCACUUGGGGUAUGAUGGCGAGGCCCAAUGCUCCUGCUGGCCCUGACCAGUUGAUGAACCUACCUGUUGCUGCAGCACAGCAGCACACCAUGCUUCUACCUGCUGCUGUAACAAGAGAGCGGGAGGUGCCCAACCUUCAAAGCGGAAGGAUGCGUAUGGAGACAUCAGUAACAUGAGCGACUGCGCGCUAUGAAGGGCGCUGCCUGCACGGAAAGCGCUGCAUGUCCAUGCAUCAUGGAUUCACCAACACGGCAGGAAACCAACGAGCCCGUACUUCACGCAAGAACGUUGCGAUAGGGAGAGGCCGCAUGAUGAGGGUGGGUCGAUUGAUGGAGAAUUACGAUGCUGCCCAAGACGAGCGGGAACCAGCGUGGUUGUGCAUGAAAAGAGUGCUCGGUGGGCAUCUCUACCGCAUCCCGUGUGCUGCCUCCGCCGAGGGAAUGCGUGCAGAACGUGGGGGUGGAUGGGAUGUUGAGUGUUGACGGCAUCGCCAACAGGUGGUUGUGGCUGUCGUUCGAUUGCCCAUGAAUGUCCUGGUCGGCAUUGAGCUGCUUUGCUAUGGGCGGGGUUUCCCAAACUAAUAAAUAAAUAUACAUGCUUGGCUAGAGGAGGGAUGAGACUAGGAACGUCGAGGGA